AAAUUGCUUCGAUUCGUGUUUCUUUCCGGCACCAUAUAUCUCGUACCAUGUCCCGAUCAUUACACGAGGCAGACAAAACCGUGGACGAGCGUCGAGUCGAUUAUCAGGGAGUAAAUGAGGCCGCUCAAAAGGGGCAUUCGCUGAAAGGGAAGCAAGGGAUCGAUGUACGACGCACUCAACUUUGUUGCCGCUCAUGGUAUUUCGGAAGUCUCCCCGGAAGAAAGCAAACGCAUCCGCCGCAAGGUCGACAUGAUUCUGAUGCCAAUGCUGUUCGUUACUUACACACUCAACUUCAUGGAUAGACAGGCAGUAUCUUAUUCAGCCAACUUUGGGUUGAAGAAAGAUAACCGAGUCGGCCACACAAGCGAGUCGGCCACCUCAUCACGAAAACGCGACGCGUCAACCAACAACCAAUAUGCGUCGACAACACAACGCGCAAUCAAUCCAAAAAGAAGGCAGGCUAGCCUUAGCUCUCCUAGCUAUCCGACGAAAUCAAAUUCCAAGCGAACGACGCGCUGCAGGCAUAUACAAUGUCCCCAAAAGCACGCUCCAAGACCGACGCGGCGGAAUGACUGCACGACGCGAUUGUGAGCCUAAUUCAAAGAAGCUUACAAAGCUUGAAGAAUCAGCCAUUGUUCAACAUAUACUCGACCUGGAUUCGCGAGGGUUUUCGCCUAGCUUAACUGC